CGCAAUUGUUUACUUCUUCGAGCGAGAGUGCCAUUGACUAUACGAGCCUACCUGUGGUGCUUGGACGAGAGAGUCUGUCUGAAAGUUCGUCUGUUUCCGCACACGUCUUGGUUCUGGGGUCUAUGUAUUACAUAAAGAGUAAGCGUAAGGUUGUCUCAUACAUAAAGAGUGAUGCGGGCUUCUGGUGAGGGAUCGUCCUGUGGUUCAUCUGUAGUAUAUUAAUGAGCUUGAGUUGAAUGGCUCCUGGAAAUUAUCCUGUUCUCUGCUUUUGAAGAAGCUUCCGCUUUGAUUUUGAGGGAUCAUAUUUAUACAUAUAUCAACGUCAACAUCUACUUUGAGAUUCGAAAUAAAUGAAAAGGCUUGAGUAUUUCUCAUGUUGAGCAGAGAAAAGCACAAAGUCGCCGAUGUAUUGGCAUUUUUCAUCUCAAAACCUCGCCCAUUUUCUCGAUCAUCUUCCCCGAACAUUUUUUCUCCACAUUUUCUCGAUUCCUCUUCAUCUAGUACGUAGGCACAAGUAUAAACUUUAACUUUCCCACCGACAGCUUUCAUCUUGACUUGUUAAGUAUUUUCCUUCUGGAAACAUUGUGCAUUGAAUAUGCCUCAUGUCUCACGAGUGGAUACAGCAGCCGCCACUCCUGGCGGCAAGCUGCGUUUGUCAUCCGAGUGGGUCGAAGAGCACUCAAUGAACAAGAAUAAUGGGGAUACGGAGUUUUCAGUCACGCAGAAGAGAGUCGCAGAUUGGAAGCAAGAAGCUCAAGCAAAAAACCAAUGGCCUUGGAACAAGCGCACUGGCAUUCUUCUCUAUCACGAGGACCACAGCACGGGACUCAUUCUCGACUGCACAUUCGCAAGCGUGGAUAACAACGGUCGCAACUGUUGGGCAAUGACCUUCAAUACCGUGGAGGCCCCCGGUGGGACAGACUUUCCCGACGAGGAAACAGUGGCAAAGGACUUGGGUCUGGCCUCUUUCGAAUUGUUCCGAAUGGAGCCACUGUAUGACUUCAGGCGCAUUAGCUUCGAAGACGAGCAAAAGAUCGUAGAGGAAAAAGAAAAGAAGAGAAUUAAGAGCGAAAAAGCAGAACAAGAAAAAAGACACGGGCCUACUGUAUACUACGACGCACGCGGAAAUCCCUGGCUAAAAACGAUACUGCAGCCGGUGAUACAGCAUAGGGAAUCCGGUGGAGAGUGUCACGAUAGAACAGUAGCAGCCCUGCAUUGGCUACUGCGUAAUUUUCAACACGGCAAGGCGUUGUACAAAACGUUGUCCGGUGCAGCGAAAGGAGCCUACGAAGAAGUUGUAACAGUGGAUGAAACAAGAUUUCCCAUGGACCCGGAUCAAUCAGAUGGAUCAAUCGCGGAUGCUAAGCGGUCUCUCUUUUAUGCUGGAGAUCCUUCUAGCAAUAGAAAGAACUCGAAUAAACAGCUUAUUUCCACCCAGGACCCACAAGCGCGACACAAUGGAAAUGUGGAAACCUCUUUCGAAAACACAUGCAAAUCAGACGCGUGCAAAAAACGCGAGAAAGACGUGAACGGCAUCACGAAAGCCCUUUUCGAGAAAAAUAGAAGCAAGCCGGACAAAGUCUUGAUUAAGGGUUAAUCAAUUACAUCCCCCACAACCAUUCCUCACUCUUUUUCCAGUAGGAAAGAGGUGAGGGAUGUUCUGAAGAAUGUAAUUCUGCAACCUUUAACUUGAGUAUAUGCGACAAGUCCGAGCGAAAAACCGCAACCGGCCAACAAGACUUGCUCACCCCGCUAUUUCCCUGGCCUAACAAAUACCCCAACGAUGAUGUAAUGGCGUUCGCGAUCGCGGUAAAAAGAUUUCUCAAAGCUUCAAACGAAGGGUUCCUGCUGUCCUUGGCGGGUUCAUCUUCCAAACCGGGAGGAGGUGACGCCGCGAAGCAGUGGCACGGAAAUAAGCUUUGGGAAGAGGAGGACUUUUGCCAGUUUGCGGCGCACAACAAUCCUCUCUUCGUGCCUGUGAGCCAGAGGGUGAGGCAGACAGGUCCUAUAGAAAAUGCGCGUGCUUAUUGGCGCAAUCUACCUGACCGAGAGAGCAGUAUGUUCGAGGACGCAGUGAAGCUAGGCCAGUUCGUUGCGUCGGAGAUGUACCGCACACAGCGUAGCUAUCGAGUUCACAAGUACGUCCCGUUUCCGAAGGCGUUUGAAGCGUCGAUUUUGGUACAGGAAGGAAAAAAGCCGCAGCGCGUUUCCGAUUACGAGUUGGGGGGCGAGUACGAUGAAAAUGGGGCUCUAGAAUUCUGGGGCAAUCCUCCGUCCACCAAGGACUUAACGGUGCCAGAACGCGCUGAGAGAAAGCCACGCAAACUUUCUGCCUCUGCGGCCCCAGCCGGCUCUUCAUCUACUAGUGCAACCACGAUCGGACCUCUGCUU